AUGAAGUUCACGCAGAUAACGGCUCUCACCGCGCUUCUCGCCCCUGUCAUUUCUGCUUUACCGGCAGACGGCGUUGCAAAGUGGCAGGUCGAGAUGAAGAGUACGCCCUGCCACUGGACGGUCGGCGGCGCCAGCGAGGAGCAGGAUCUGUACUUGGACAAGUGCCGUGAACACUGCAAGACGCCCGAUGCUGAAGGUGGCCCGUUCGAUGGUGGACAUUGCACGAAUGUCAGAAUCUACCAGCAGUACGACAAGACAGUCAAGAAGUUUUCUGGCGACUGCAAAUGCUUUAACGGCAGGGCCCCUGCGCCCGGAGCUCCCCAGUUUUACAACUGGGAGACCGGGGCUUAUGUCCGAACAUCUACCGUCCCUCUGUCCUAG